AUGGCUAACGAUGCUGCCUCUUUGCAGCUCCCGAUCAUGGUGCGGCAACCCAAGAUGGUUUGGCCCGGCCUGGACAAGGAGGGUUUGCAUCUCAAGUCCAUAGCAGGAGAUGGCAACUGCCUCUUUGCCUCUCUCUCAGAUCAACUAUAUGGUAGCCCAAGCCGUCAUGGUGAAAUUCGGGCUACCAUUGUCGAUCACAUGCGCACCUUCCGCCCUCUCUACGAGGGCUUCCUCCACGCCGACGAUGUGGUACAGAAACGUGCAACACGUGCCACAACCGAGUCCAUUCGAAAGCAUAUGGAAGAUGACGCGUUCGAGGGCUAUCUUACUGCCAUGUCACGACUCGGCACGUAUGGAGGUCAGCCUGAGUUGCUGGCCUUUGUCCGUGCAUACGACCAGGAUGUGAUAGUACAUCUACCACCCUCAAUGGGUUGGGACACAUCAAUACUGUCCUACACAAACGAAGAUCGAGCACCCGAAGUCGAACCACCACCAUCCCUACACAUCUGCUAUGGUGGUGAUGAAGAAAAGCAUGCCCAUUACGACUCGUCACAAAAGUCUGAAGCCGACUCUCAACGUCGCUCACUAGCCUCAAGACCUAAACCCUACAACCGACAGAACGUUCCCGCGGUCCAGCAGAACCACGACCUCUCCUCACGAGCUUUAAGGAAUAUGAAGUCGGAUCCACACAAAGAUAUGAUGCACGAGCUAGUCACAAGAGGCACCAAAGACCUGAGAAGUGGCCUUGACCUAUUAAACGACCAAAGAGCACGUAGCCCGUCAGCAACUUCCUCUCACUACAGCACCAGCUCGAAACGAUCAUUCGAGGACGAUGGCGAACUACCUCGUUCCACCAAGCGGACCGAUCGUAAAAAGCGGACUCUUCGAAGUCGAGCGGCCGCCAGACAGCUCAGUGGAUCUCCUAAUUUGCAUGUCUCUGUACAUGUUAGCCAGCCAACAUCUUCAGGUCCACCAACUCCGGCCAGCAGCCAGGACACAGACUCGUCAGAUCAAGCAGAACGAGUUCGAUCAGGCCUAGACAACAGUGCUGCCUCUUCUCCAAAAGAGAUCGAAGUUAUUAAUCUAAUCGACGACGAUGACGAUUCAGAUCACCAAGUAGCUCCAGCACGAACUCAGCCAUUCACUCCCACUCCCACUCCCCGAAGGCAGGCCAGUGUGUCGUCAAGAUCAGACCUCGCUUCAAAAAUCCCAAGCAUAAUAAAAGAAGCACCACGCUCAACACUACAGGCAUAG